AUGACAGACAUCUUUUCUUCACUGCUGGGUGACCCCGUGAGGGACGUGGUGACGGAAGGGGACGGCGAGUGCGGCAACACCCGCCAAAGUGCGACUGCAGGCGUUGCUUGCAGCCCGUGCCCCGCGCCUUCCCUGCCACGCCACUGCAGCGCAGCGCCUCCUUCACCGUCAUCGCCGCUACCGUCCCCCCCUCUUCAUGUGGUGGUCAACCACGGCGGCGACCUAUCAGAGCAUCCGUCCAGCGCGUCAUCGUCGCAUUGUUUCAAGGUGUUAUUGGCGCGGCAGCAACCACCACUCCCACCGCCUCCCCUGCCGUCUUCCUCGCACUCACCCCCGACUGUCCAUGCAGAAGUGCUUGUCGAGGCUCUUGAGGCAAAGGCAGCAGGGCAAAGAAGGCGCGGGCACACACUAGGAUGGUGCUCGCGGCAUCAUCGAGAGUGGAGGCGGCGGCACAAGAGGCAUCGACUUUGUGAGAAUCCGGGUGAUAGCUCACGUGGCACCAAUGCAAUGACAGAGAGCAGCGGGGAGGAAGCGGCCGACACCUACGCGAAGGUGCAGCAGCAGCAGCGCCGGCGGCAGCGCAUGGAGAAACAAGCAGGAUGGGAGAGUCGGCCGAGCUCUAGCAUCGAUGACUCCUCGGAUUCCUACUUGCAUCGGCGGGACCGGGUAACACAAUGCAAGGAGCAGCAGCGGAGACCCCCCUCUCGACUCCGCGUCGCCGAGCAGUCGGUGGAUUGCAUCGCGGUACAGCUGCCGCUGCAGCGGGCAAAGGAAGCGCCUGCGUCCGCGUCAAUGCACACCACGGUGAUAUCUUCACCUAAUACAACUUCUCAUCCGGGCGCUCCGUCGUCGUCGCUCCCGUGCUCGGAGCGGCGAGAGGCGCAAACACGUCUCGCUCACGACGACGGUCAUUCGCUACCUGGCGGUAUGGCGAUAAAGGUGGCUGCCGAUACUUUCCGCCGCGACAGCUGCAGCAACACUCUUGCCACAGGCACGAUAGUGAACUGCUCAGGCGGCGUCGUGGGCCGUCCUUCGCACGCCUUUGAAAGCGCUCCGGGCUGCUGCGAUGGGGGUGUGGGCACCUGCGACGUUGAGGAGGAGAUAUUGCCAUGGCACGUGUCGCCUCUCACUUCGAUGGUCGGAUUCCCCAUGAAGUGCCCCGAGCAUGAGGUGACACCCAUAUUUGAGGACCAGCCACUGAAUUGGUACCCGCAACCACAGGCUCAAGCUACGCAGCACGUGCUUGAUGAGUAUGUGAGCGCCGCCGGCGGAGUGGUCCGAGUCGAGGGAGACAAUCAGCUCCGAUGCCGGGUUGCGUCUCUGCUUGGGCCUGACUGGUGUGUGGCAGAACCCUCAUCAACACUUGCAGCCACGCCAGGAGGGGGUGGCGAGGCAGAUCUCUGGAUGCCCGGCGCCGGGUCUCCUUCUUUCACUGCCUGGAGCCAGCUUGGCGCUGAUUGCGGUACGUGCGUUGGCGCGUAUAGCCUGCCAGAUGAUCGAGUGAUGGCGCCUGGCAGAGGCCUGGCCCUUGGCCUUGGCGACACUCGCGCACGUUUCUAUGGCGGCACGCCACAGGGGUCGAGCUGGUGGCUUUCGCCAGCUGAUCAAGACUGUCGCGAUGCCGAAGACGGAUCUGAUUGGCAGUACCGGGUCGGCUGUUGUCCUACGUCUUCGACGCGGUUAAGCACCGCUACCGCUCUGCCCGGGUCUCGUGGGAUCAGCACAGCAGCUCCGCCUCUUGCUGGCCUGCUCAGUUCACACGCAGUGCCUCGUAAGUCACCGACGACACCCGCGUUUCCGUGGAUGGCCGCUGACGAGGGCGAGAGCAGAGCGGGAGUCAGUGAGAGAGGCGGAGACGGUGACUGCAUCUUUUCUGAGAGAGCGCUGUCACCGCGGCUGCCGCACUACUCCUCCGGGCGUGCUAUGGGAAGCUCUUGCGGUCAUGGUGACCAGGACGGUGGUGGCCAUCCGUUGUAUUCUGCACAGAUGCCGCCGCCGCGAAGCCACCACGGCAGUUAUGCGCCACAACCGCCGGGUCACUUCCCGCCAUUUUUCGGCUUGCCGGCUUCUUCUAGUGUAGCGAGCGCCUCCAGCAACACCAUCGCGGCGGCUGCUCCUGCACCACACCGUGUGGGUCGAGCAACGCGGCAACACCGACGUCGUAGUAACGGCGCGCGGCCACCGCGUGCGCUGAACGGCACGACAGAGCGCUGCCGCCGCUUCUGGGAGCGGUGCCGGCAGUCGAACGUGCCCGACUGGUGA